UCGACGUUUACGUACUUGCCUACUUGCUAGUUGUAUGACGUUUGACGUGACGGAUGUGUAAUACAAUAGAUUGCGCAUAAAAGUAAAUUAUAAAUAUUUCCAUGUUUUACCCUUAAGAACCAAUAAAGUAUGGCUAAAACAAAAGUGACCGGCGCCACUAGCAGGCUAAAGCAAGACUACUUGAGGCUAAAAAACGACCCGGUGCCGUACGUUACUGCGGAACCUGUGCCGUCCAACAUUCUGGAGUGGCAUUAUGUGGUACGAGGACCCGAGAAAAGUCCAUACGAAGGUGGUUACUACCAUGGGAAAAUCAUAUUUCCCCGGGAGUUUCCGUUUAAGCCGCCGUCGAUCUACAUGAUCACGCCCAACGGCCGUUUCCGAACCAACACACGUCUGUGCCUCAGCAUCACGGAUUUCCACCCCGACACUUGGAACCCAGCGUGGUCUAUCUCAACCAUCCUAACGGGUCUGCUAAGUUUCAUGCUAGAAAAAACACCUACCUGGGGUUCCAUAGAAACAUCAGAUUACCAGAAACGGUGCAUGGCAGCGGAAUCUCUGGAAAUUAAUAUAAAAAACAAGAUGUUCUGUGAACUAUUCCCCGAAUUUGUGGAGGAAAUUGAACAACAGUUGAAGGAGAGACAGGAAGCUAUGUUGCAAGCGGAGGAGGUUCCGGGUAGUGAAAGUGAAGUGAUGACAGAGCAACAGUCCAACAUGUACUAUAUUAUGACAAAUUUGUUUGUUCUUGUGGGUUUCAUCUUCCUCGCAUAUAUGGUGAAAUACGUCCUAGUCUCUAUAUCCAAUGACUAGACAGUUAAAUAUUGCUAAAUUUUAAUGUAAAUAUUGUAAUUUAUUUUGUAUAUAGGUACUUAUUCCACUGAAAGUGUACAAUGAAUUUCUUUGCAUCUGCACAUUCACGUUCUGUUCAGUGCUCCAUGUAUUCUAUCUCACUAUUGUAAUCAAUUGGGCUGUUAGCUGUUGCUAAUCUAAUAGUGUGUAUUACUUUUGUUCCUUGUCUUUUUCGUUCAGCAACUACCUAUUCUUAACACAUUCAGUGCCGAAAAACCCGACUAUGGGGUAAUUUAUGAUUUCGUUCCCAGGCCUGAUGACCCGAGAGUCGGGAUCAUGUUACUACUGCUUUAUAUGACGAAAUUGUUGUGGCCUGCUGCGGGCAUCUUGUUUGGCUGGGUGGCAAUGAAUGUGUUAACUUUCUAAUUUACUGUUAGAGCUGUUAAGCUAACAUAAUAUCUCUAUGUUACCCACCUAUUUAUUAAUUGCUUUCAUAGUAUUCUAGAUAAAUGCAACCAUUCAUGAACACAGUUGCACAAACAUGAAUUAACCCAUGGAGCGCCCUACUGUCACACAUGUGAUAGUAAUUAGUAUAGGAGUUCCAUACUACUGUGAUUCUGGAGUGCUCUACGGGUUAAAUAUUUAAUAGGUACUACCAUGCAUCCUUGCAUUGCAUAUGAUCUGAUGAUUUCACGUUGAUUGUUUGUGCAAGUGUGUAACUAUGAUUUUGAUUAUCUAUGAGAUAAUUUCAUUAGUAUCGAAAUUGCAUUUACUAUUCUAUCAGAUGUUUUACUAAGUAUUUACUGUGGAGAAGGAUUGCAGUACCUUCGCUGCCAGCAGCCUCUUAUUGUCUUUGAAGCUAGUUUAGACAAUGCCAUAUUCAUGCACAACCUGUUUUGUAUUUAUUGCCACCACAAAAUGUUUACUCGGGAUCUAGUACCAUAUCAGUGUCAGCAUGGAAGAGUGGUAUUGUCAAAAUUAUCUAAAUACAUUGUAGGUUGAAAGGCCAGUGAAAUCUUGCCGUCGAAAGUGUGGAAAUGAUUUAAGUACCUGUGAUGAAAGCACAUAAUGUGCAGUUUUGCAUAUAAUUUGACAAUUUGGCAAAUGAAAUUUGCAAUCAAUACUUUUGCCCUGGGAUGCUACCAGGAAACAAGACUUAUUUGUGAUUAGUUCCCGAUUCGCCCGAUUUCUGUUUCGUCAGAUUCUGACAUACUAACUUACUAAGUAAAUCCAGAGAACUGGGAACUAAUCUUAUUUGUUUAUAUGAUCACGAUGAAUGGUGCAAUGUUUGUGUUGGGUAAUUAGCUUAUCAAAUAACAAUUUAACUAGUAACAAUGAAUCAAUACAACUAAAUGUAUAAUUUUCAGUUGAAAAUUUGUAGAUAAUAUUGUUUAAAUAAAGCAUUGAGUAAAGUGUUGAUAUUUUUCUAUUUUAA